GUAUUGUUCAACGUUAUUAAAAGCGUAUGGUUCAUGGCUAAGUAAAAGUUAAGUUUUGUGAUAGAGUUUUAUAAACAUUUUGUACAUAAGUAGGAUUAAUCGUCGGCACUCGAAACAAAAUUGUAUUGUAAGAAGAAUACGAUAACUAUAGCGUGGCGAUAUUUAUUAUUAAAAGAAAAGAAGAAAAAGAAAGUGAACAGAGGAAAUAAAAAUUAGUUAUAAAAGUGAAAAAAUGGCAUUAAUUAGAAGAGCAACUCAUGCUGGUAGUUGGUACGCAGGCUCUGGAUUGGACUUAAAUAAACAAUUAGAAGGUUGGUUGGGUGCAGCAGACUUAUCACAUGGACCUGCUAGGGCAAUAAUUGCCCCACAUGCAGGUUAUAGCUAUUGCGGAGCAUGUGCUGGUUUUGCAUACCGCCAGAUUAGUCCUGUAGUUGUACGCAGAAUUUUUAUUCUUGGCCCAUCACAUCAUGUCAGAUUAGCAGGCUGUGCUCUUUCUUCUGCUUCAAUUUAUCAAACACCACUAUAUGAUUUACAUAUUGAUCAGCAAGUGUACAGAGAACUUGAAGAGACUAGACAUUUUGAAUGGAUGGAUUUAAAUACAGAUGAAGAAGAACAUAGCAUUGAGAUGCAAUUGCCAUUUAUUGCAAAAGUUAUGGAAGGGUUUAAAGAUUCUUUCACAGUAAUUCCUAUAUUAGUGGGUUCACUAAGUCCAGAGAAAGAAGCACUCUAUGGAAGAUUAUUAGCACCAUACAUGGCUGAUCCACAAACAUUAUUUGUUAUAUCUUCUGAUUUUUGUCAUUGGGGACAGCGUUUUCGUUAUACUUAUUAUGAUAGAUCCUGUGGUCCUAUUCAUAGAUCUAUUCAAAAUCUUGAUAAAAUGGGUAUGGACAUUAUAGAGACAUUAAAUCCUACAAUGUUUACCGAUUACCUCAAAAAAUAUGGCAAUACAAUAUGUGGCCGACAUCCUAUUAGUGUUCUUUUACAGGCAAUUCAUAGUUUAAAAGGGAAUACUAAUGGCCAAAGAAUGAAUUUGAAGUUUCUUAAAUAUGCUCAAAGCAAUCAGUGCAAUAAUAUGAAUGAUAGUUCUGUUAGUUAUGCCAGUGCUUCCUUGGUUCUUGAGUGAUACAGUAUACACUUUUAUUGUUAUUCAAAAAAUUUACAGAAAAAAGGAAAGUACGAAAAGAACGGCAGUAAUAACCUAUUAAUCAUAAAGAUGCAUUAAUUAUAAUGUAAAAAAAUUUUAUUUUAUAUUUAAAAAGAAAAAUAAUGAUGUUUGCAAAUGAAGUUGCAAUUUGCUAUAUUGUGUGAAAUUUUCUCAAUUACUUGAGGAAACAUAUAUUAAUAUUUGCAAUGAAUGUGAUGAGUAGAAAUGUAUUAUUGUCUGUCAAAUUUUUGCUUUAAAAAUAUUUCGGUUUAUUACUUACAAGAAAUAAUCAGUACUUCCAAAUUUCCAUUAUGGAAGGAGCUUAAAUAUUUCUUUGCUUUGAUUAGUACUACUACAAUUACAGAAAUGAUAAUUUAUGCAUUUCAUAUACAUUAAACAAGCAGAAGGUUCAAUCUAUUGAUGAAAAAGGUAAAAUCUUAAUU